AGUGCCACAAGGAGACUAUCUUCCUCUAUAAUAAUGGAUGGGACAAAGCCGGCCAUGGAGUCCAACGCGGAGGAGACUCAGGAGGAGGGACAAGACAGCAAAGGAUGCUUCGAGUGCUGCAUCAAGUGUCUGGGCGGGGUGCCCUACGCCUCGCUGGUGGCCACCAUCCUCUGCUUCUCCGGCGUGGCCCUGUUCUGCGGCUGCGGCCACGUGGCACUGACCGGCACCCUGACAAUGCUGGAAAACCACUUCUCUAGGGUGGCCACGGACCACGCCACCCUCGCCACGGUCAUCGAGAUCCUUCAGGACAUCAUCUACGGCGUCGCCUCCUUCUUCUUCGUCUACGCCAUCGUCCUGCUGGCCGAGGGCUUUUACACCACCAGCGCCAUCAAGAAGGAGCUGCAGAGCGACUUCAAGACCACCGUCUGCGGCCGCUGCAUCACCGCCUUCUUCAUGUUCCUGACCUACGUCCUCGCUCUGGCCUUCCUCGCUAUCUUCGGCUUCUCGGCGAUCCCGGUGUUCCUCUUCUUCAACAUGUGGAAUACCUGCGCUGCCAUGAAGUCUCCGGACGGCAACAUCACCUCGCCCGACUCCAUCUGUGUGGACGUGAGGCAGUACGGUAUAAUUCCCUGGAACGCCACCCCGGGAAAAGCUUGCGGAGCCACACUGGGAGACAUCUGCAACACCAGCGAGUUCUACCUGUCCUACCACCUCUACAUCGUCGCGUUCGCCGGCGCCGGCGCCACCGUCAUCGCCCUGAUCCACUACCUGAUGAUUUUGGGGGCCAACUGGGCCUACCUGAAGAGCGCCGUGUCCACGCACGAGUACCAGGACAUCAAGACCAAGGACGACCAGGACCUGGAGGCCGAGGCGCGCUCCAAGGAGGGCCAGAACUCGUCCUCCUACUCAUAGGGACAAGCGCUCCUCUCACGCCGCCGCCACCCAUCCCCUCCCCCACCACCCCUCACCCCGCAACACCCCCACCCCACUUCUCCUCCGUUGAAAACAAACCACCUCGGUCACUUUCGGUAGCCCGGACGGAGGCAGAUGCCUCAGAGCGCGAGGGCCGGUACAUCCUCGCGCGUGCUUUUUUUGGGGGGGGGGGGGCUCGUGAACGCGGCCCGGCUGCGACGGCCUCGCGCCCCGAUCACAGCCUCUCGACACAAGAGCUCCUAAAAAAAACAAGAAAGAAAAGAAAAAAAACAUUGUUCACUGUCUGCUUCGGGCAGCGGCCAACUUCCUCAGUUUUUUGGUGUUUUAUAUGCAUAUAUAUGAAUAUGAAUAUAUUGUGCGAAUGUGUACGAAUGUUUUUUUGUUUUUUUUAAUGCUCUCUGAAAAGUAUGCCAGGUUCUGUUACGAUCUUCUUGCGCUCAUUAUUUUCUUUUUUUCUUCCCUCCUUCACUUUCUUCUCCAUUUUUGACUUUUUAUUGCUAAUGCUCGAUACGUUGUUGCACUAUUACCGAACAAAAAAGAAUAAGGGAGAAUCCCUCAAACACACAAAUGCCCCCCACCCCCCUGUGAUGGAAACAUAUAGACUAAAAUCAUGUGGUAUCAAGGAUUAUUCUCCAUCUACAUGAUCAGAGUUUAUCUUUCUGCGAAGGUAUUCAGCAUUUAUUAGAGACCAGAGGUGGAGCAAACUUUUAUUUAUUUAUUUGCUUUCAUGUCAAGGGUCCGGAGUGUGAUGUAACUCUUGGCAAGAACGUGACUAAGUGUGUAUCGUGGUCUUUUAACACACACACACACACACACUCGCACACACACCUCAGGUAUCAAACCAAAAUUGGACUUUAGCCAGUUGUGUUCUUCAACCAUCUAAACAUGAACCAGAUUUUAAUUACACAUUAAAAAAAAUUUAAAAAAGGUUUCUAUAAUUUUUCUAAAAUUCCUCCUUUUUGUGAAUGAAGUUUACCUGUAAAUAUCCGAAACGCCGCGAAGGAUCUCGGUUCACGCCGCCUCUCGGACACGUGGAGAUCACGAUCAGUGCUCCGCCACGUUCUUCUUCUAUUGCUUUUCUUUCUUUCUUUUCUCUUCCACAGAUAUGUGUAAAUGUACCCUUUGAGAUAUGUGUUUAGCACUCAAAUACUAGUUCUGUAUUUGAUAUAAUAAUUGUAAUGUAACAUUUUAAAUAUGUCGUGAGAGGGAUACAGUGCAGUUAUGCUAUGACACGAUGGGUUAAGGUGCUUGUGACGUAUACAUAAAUUUAAAAAAAAUACAAAAAAUAGAUUUUUAAUGUUUUAUCAGUUUUAGCCAGUUGAAUUAUUGUGAUUCAGUAAUUAUGAUUUCAUGGAACUUGUUUGUGCUAUUUUAUUUCUUGUUGACCGACUCAAACUGAAGUCACCUUUCUUUUUCUUUUUUAAUUGUUGGCGCCACGCCUCUCUCAUGAGCCACAGAGACUGUUUUGGAUGUUUACACUCUGAAUAAAACUAGUCAGGAAUUUUCAUACGUUCAUUUUAUAAGACAGAUUUUGUUGAAUAAUCAUGGGCUACAUAUUCUAUAUUGAUUAUCACCGGUUAGAUUACCCUCAAAUAAAAAUACCACUGAAGAAGACAACAAAUUUGAAGUUUGAUGAGAUGAAGCAUGUCAGUAUCGUCCAUGUGUGCAGCUGUCUACUCUGUAUAAAAAAGGACUAUAUUGCCAUGUGUGUUAUGUUUGAUAUAUAUUCGUGCUUUGCCACCGGGUUGAUGUAAAAGGCAAACUUCAAAUUCCUAUAAGACGAUGCGUGUCAGGGUGUUGUCGUUUCCUCGUUAUUUGCAUGAAGGAGACAAGACUGUGUCUUUGCAGUUUUUCAGGUGAUGUGUAGUCAAUCGAUACAAAUAUGGUAGGCAGUGUUUGCCCCCUUCCACGCCCCCCUUUUCUAAAGAAAUCUCCAUUGUACUUUGAUGGCAUUGUGGUCCCUUGUAGGUGUUUAUGGUUUGAUUUUUUAAAAGUUGGAAAUAGUUCUAUGACUCCUAUAUAGUGAUGAUUUUUGUAACCUUCUCUAGUAAAACCGAUAUUUUUUCUUAUCGUGA